ACGGAAGCCGCCGCGGCUCAUGUAGGACCGCGUUUUUUAGUGUGUGUGUGUGUGUGUGUGUUUGUGUGUGUGUAUGUAUGUAUGUAUGUAUGUGUGUGUGUGUUUUAAUUCCCCCUCUUUGGCUCCCUCCUUCCGCGCGAGUCUCACGAGAAGCCGCAGCACAAGGCGCCGCCGCUGCUGCCUCGGGCCGGCUCGCCUUGCACCAUGGACUGGCAGCCAGAUGAGCAGGGCCUGCAGCAGGUCCUACAGCUGCUCAAAGACUCACAGUCACCCAAUACAGCCACUCAGCGUAUUGUGCAGGAUAAACUUAAACAACUGAACCAGUUUCCCGACUUCAACAACUACCUGAUCUUUGUCCUGACCAGACUCAAGUCAGAAGAUGAGCCAACUCGCUCUCUCAGUGGCCUCAUCCUCAAGAAUAAUGUGAAGGCGCAUUAUCAGAGCUUUCCACCACCUGUGGCUGAUUUCAUCAAACAGGAGUGUCUCAACAACAUCGGGGAUGCCUCCUCGCUCAUCCGGGCUACAAUAGGCAUUCUCAUCACCACCAUCGCUUCCAAGGGUGAGCUGCAGAUGUGGCCUGAGCUGCUGCCCCAGCUGUGUAACCUGCUCAACUCGGAGGAUUACAACACGUGUGAGGGAGCCUUUGGAGCCCUGCAAAAGAUCUGUGAAGACUCAUCUGAGCUCCUGGAUAGUGAUGCCCUCAACAGGCCCCUCAACAUCAUGAUCCCCAAGUUCCUGCAGUUCUUCAAGCACUGCAGUCCCAAGAUCCGGUCCCACGCCAUUGCCUGUGUGAAUCAGUUCAUCAUGGACCGGGCCCAGGCGCUGAUGGACAAUAUCGAUACUUUCAUUGAGCACCUGUUUGCCCUGGCUGUGGACGAUGACCCUGAGGUGCGAAAGAAUGUGUGCCGAGCUCUGGUGAUGCUGUUGGAAGUGCGGAUCGACAGGCUCAUCCCCCACAUGCAUAGCAUUAUCCAGUACAUGCUGCAGAGGACCCAGGACCAUGAUGAGAAUGUGGCCCUUGAGGCCUGUGAGUUCUGGCUGACGCUGGCCGAGCAGCCCAUCUGCAAGGACGUCCUGGCCUCCCACCUGGUCCAGUUGAUCCCCAUCCUGGUGAAUGGGAUGAAGUACUCGGAAAUCGACAUUAUCCUGCUCAAGGGGGAUGUGGAAGAAGACGAGGCAGUCCCUGACAGCGAGCAGGACAUUAAGCCACGCUUCCACAAGUCGCGCACAGUGACACUGCCCCAUGAGGCGGAGAGGCCCGACGGCUCUGAGGAUGCUGAGGAUGAUGACGAUGAUGAUGCUUUAUCCGACUGGAAUCUAAGGAAGUGCUCGGCGGCUGCACUGGACGUCUUGGCCAAUGUCUUCCGGGAGGAACUGCUGCCCCACCUUCUUCCCCUGCUCAAGGGCCUCCUUUUUCACCCUGAGUGGGUGGUUAAGGAGUCAGGCAUCCUGGUGCUGGGCGCCAUUGCUGAGGGCUGUAUGCAGGGCAUGGUGCCCUACCUUCCUGAGCUGAUCCCGCACCUCAUCCAGUGUCUGUCAGACAAGAAGGCCCUGGUUCGCUCCAUUGCCUGUUGGACACUGAGCCGCUACGCCCACUGGGUGGUCAGCCAGCCGCCUGACAUGCACCUCAAGCCUCUGAUGACAGAACUGCUCAAGCGCAUCCUAGAUGGCAACAAGAGGGUACAGGAGGCAGCCUGCAGUGCCUUCGCCACCCUGGAGGAGGAGGCCUGCACGGAGCUGGUGCCCUACCUCAGCUAUAUCCUGGACACUCUUGUCUUUGCCUUUGGCAAGUACCAGCAUAAGAACCUGCUCAUCCUCUAUGAUGCCAUUGGCACCCUAGCUGACUCUGUGGGCCACCACCUCAACCAACCGGAAUAUAUCCAGAAGCUGAUGCCUCCGCUCAUCCAGAAGUGGAACGAGCUCAAGGAUGAAGAUAAGGACCUUUUCCCUCUGCUAGAGUGUCUGUCAUCUGUGGCCACUGCCCUGCAGAGUGGCUUCCUGCCCUACUGUGAGCCUGUCUACCAGCGCUGUGUCACCCUAGUGCAGAAGACACUGGCCCAGGCCAUGAUGUAUACCCAGCAUCCUGAGCAGUACGAGGCCCCUGACAAGGACUUCAUGAUCGUGGCGCUAGACCUGCUCAGUGGCCUGGCUGAGGGCUUGGGUGGCCACGUGGAGCAGCUGGUGGCCCGCAGCAACAUCAUGACACUGCUCUUCCAGUGCAUGCAGGACUCGAUGCCUGAGGUCCGGCAGAGUUCCUUCGCCCUCCUGGGAGACCUCACCAAAGCUUGCUUCAUCCACGUCAAGCCCUGUAUUGCUGAAUUCAUGCCUAUCCUGGGCACCAACCUAAACCCAGAGUUCAUCUCUGUCUGCAACAAUGCCACCUGGGCUAUUGGUGAGAUCUGCAUGCAGAUGGGGGCAGAGAUGCAACCCUACGUGCAGAUGGUCCUCAACAACUUGGUGGAGAUAAUUAACCGGCCCAACACACCCAAGACACUGCUGGAAAAUACAGGUCGCCUGACGAGUCCCUCUGCCAUUCCAGCCAUCACCAUCGGCCGCCUGGGCUACGUGUGCCCGCAGGAGGUAGCACCCAUGCUGCAGCAGUUCAUCCGGCCUUGGUGCACGUCCCUCAGGAACAUCAGGGACAAUGAGGAGAAGGACUCAGCCUUCCGAGGCAUCUGCAUGAUGAUAGGCGUCAACCCCGGGGGCGUUGUGCAGGACUUUAUUUUCUUCUGCGAUGCUGUAGCCUCCUGGGUGAGCCCGAAGGAUGACCUUCGGGACAUGUUUUAUAAGAUUCUCCAUGGUUUCAAAGACCAAGUUGGGGAGGAAAACUGGCAGCAGUUCUCAGAGCAGUUCCCACCGCUGCUCAAGGAGAGGUUGGCUGCCUUCUACGGGGUCUAGAGGAGCAUUGAGACUGCCAGGUUUCUGUCUGUGUCAUCAUCGGAAGGGUGGCUGGGAAGCACUCUGCGUCCAGAAGUCGCCGUGUCCUGGUCAAGGGGGGUUAGGGAGGAGUGAGUGGGACCCAAAUCCAGAUGCCUUCCCUGCCCAUCUACCUGCCAUGCCUGGUCCAUGUGGCUGGCCAUAGGUGGGCAGGUGGGUGGGGCCUCCACACUCAUCCUACAAACGGGAGGGGGGUGGGACUUCUUGGCAGCAAGGGCCUCUUUCUCUAAGUGAGGUCAUCUCAGGCAGCCCAUUUGGGCCAGCCAUGUGGGAGGAAAGAGUCAACAAGGCCGAUUGAAUCCAGCUUAGAAUGAGGCAGGGGGAAAGUAGGCGGGAAGGGGUGUCCCUAUAGAGAUGCGUACAUUCACAUGACACACGUGGCCACACGCAUGUGGGCGCUGCAGCCAGCUAGGCUGGGCCAGCGGCCCCACCAUUUCCCUGACUGCAUGGAGACAGUAGAAUUAGUGAACCCCUAAGUUAACCCACAAGGCCUUCCGUGUAACCUGCAUCUAGAGUUUAAGAGGCUUCUGUCAUUUUACCAGAAUUGAUGAUGAUUGGGGAGGGCUGGGUGGGUUGGGGUCCUUGCCCGGAGCCCAGGGCAGGGUAAGAGGGUGGCCACCUUGGGGCUGCCCCGUCAGCACACACGCUUUGGACCUGCUCAGCACACUUCCUGCCAGCUCUAUGGCAGCCUCAGCCACCAUGUCCCCUUUCUUGUCCUAUCCCAGCCAGAAGCGUGGGCGUCACGAGUUGCUGGGGCUGACCAGAGGUCUCCCUUACUCCUUCCCUUGUGCUCCAGUGAUUUUGAAGACAUUGGGCUGGGGCCUUUUUCUGGAAGAGAGCUGUGGGUAACCAGAGCUGCCUACACUUACCCCAUGCCUCUCCAUAAGCACGUCCAUUUCAAGGGCAAUCUGUUUCUCUGUGCUUCUGACAGUCCUCCUUACGUUCCAGGCCCGAGUUUUUAAAACUCAGGGGCAGGGGCACUUAAUUGAUUUUGAUGGAAGGAAGGCUUAUGGCUUGCCAGCAAGAAGGAAAGCAGGGGCUUGGAGGAGGGAUGAUGCCCUCCCACCUCUGCCCACACUUUGAGGCCCUGAGGCUUGCUGUUCAUCACUGCUUUCAUUGGCCCCAAGACUCCACCAGAUUGGGGCAGUGAUUCUAGGGCUUCUUCUGGGAUUGGUCAGGGAUAUGGUCAGUGGGAGAGGCUCCUCUAGAACUAGGAAUGUGGUUCUGAGUUGGCCUAGAAAUGAAGCUAGGCCUUGCAGCUCCCUUAAUGUUUUCUUUUUUCUUCUCCACUGCUUUUUACUUGUUUGGGGUCCCCUUUUGGGUUUUCUUGAGGGGGGGGGGUUGACUGGAUUCCUGCUUUCUGGAGCCUGCUCCAUCCAUCCCACGAGGUUCUUGGACCCCACCCCCAUCAUAAUCCUGUGUCUUCUCAGACAGGGUCAGGCCUUGCCUCUAUUCCAAGGGGCACUUGGUGCACAUUCCAUAAACUCAGCUGGUUUCCCCUCAACCCCUUGAAACUCCAGCAGGUCUCUGGAAGCCAUUUGUAAAAAAGAAAAAAGAAAAAAAAAUUUUUAAAUACCAUUUAAUUUUCUGGUAAUUACAGUUCUUUGAAGCAUCCUCUGUUGGGUCUUGGGGUGUGUAGAUUGGAUUGGCUGUCUGAUGGGUUUGGAAACUCCUCCACCCAGAAUGGGGAUCUCCAAGUACCUUCAGGGAAGUGGGAGCCUGGUUCAUUGUCUUAUUAUUUUUUUAAGAAAACUAUUUAAUUUUUAAUUUAUUUUCGGUUGGUUUUUGCACAACGAAGUUGUAGCUUCUCAACUUUUUCCCCUGCCCAGGGCUGUGGACCCUGACUGGCCUCGAUCCGCAGUCCCACUUGUUCCCAUAUCCCUCCUUCCCCUUCACCCUCUUCCUCCUGCGGGCUCCAGGGUCUGUCCAUUUGUUACCGUGCUGUGCUGGGGAUUGGCACCGAGGUGGUGUGAGAUUCCACUUGUGUAGAACUUUGUUGAGUAAAGAUCAGUUUCUUGUGAAACUCUUGGU